AUGACGUCGUCAAGUACUCCAGCCGACUUUAUUACUAAGAGUCAUCAAGUUAAAGAGCCGCCUAAAUCUCAAAACAGAGUUCUUAAAAGUUCUGUUUGUUCUGCCAAGCAAAUUUGUCCAUUUCGCGGGACAGAUGUUCAAGAUCUGUUGACCCUUGAGGGUGUAGACCAUUGGAUUGUCUUGCUGAGGCUGUUCGUCAGGACCUGGCAGGGCUGUCUAGAUCUCUUUUUCCAGAUGAAGUGGGCUCACAUGGAGUCAGUUAAAUUCAGCCGACUGUAA